AUGACGUUCCUACGAAGUGGAAAGGAAAACAGAGAAAUCGCGAUUGAGAGAUUUUUUCCGCUGCAGCAUAAAACGAGAGAGCGCGACGAAGAUUUUCAAGAUUUUGCAACCCUAAAUGCAUGUAUGUUUGGCUUCUUUCGGCUGUCGGGAAAAAGAACGACAAAAACUACUCCUCUUACGACUCGGUGGUGUGCGCACGCGAACUCCUUCGCGCGAGGCGGCGGCGCGACAAACUCCACCUGUCCGCGUAAAGGGAGGAUGACUGCUACUGCGCCAACAACGACGACGAAAGAUGAUUCAGACGUAAACGAGAUGAAAAAAAAAACGAAGGUUCCAUUCCCGCACUUGAGAGAUAUCCACGCGUACGAACCGACGACCUUUCUUUAUAAUCCAGGAGAACUGCAUCCGCAAAAGAUAAAAAAGCAAGAUUGGAUACGCGUGUUUCGGAUGGCGUUGCCAGAGUUUACGAAACGAGCAAAAAUGGACGAAACAGUGGAGGAUGCAGACGUGAAAUCGGAAGUCUUUCGAGAACGAUUUGAGAAGUAUUUGAACGAUUUGAACGAGAACGAAGACGAGAAGAUGAACGUGAUUCACAUGUGUCGUUUCAGAGACGAGUGUUUACGACGGCUUGGAUUUUACGACUGUUUUAGAACGGUGAAGCGAGAGGAGAAUAUGAAAGCGUUGGAGGCGUUGCCGAGAGUUUUAGAGCGCUUGGAGGAGGAAAACGCGGGGAUAUUAGAGCUGGUGAAAGGCGUGUUUGCGGGAAAUAUUUUCGAUUUAGGCGCGGCGGCGAGUCAGGCUUUGUUUACCGACGGAGAUAAAGGAGGAGAAGACGACAUCUCGAAAUCGUUCUUCGAGACGCGAGAUACGAAAACGGACGUGUUCGUGGUGAAUAAUUUCGACGCGUUAAAGGAAAGAUGGAAUGAUUUAACACGAGUGCACGAGAAGUGUUGCAUUUUCGUCGACAACGCCGGCGCGGAUGUUAUUUUAGGCGUCUUGCCGCUCGCGAGAGAGAUGUUGAAGAGAGGCACGAAAGUUGUCUUAUGCGCGAACGACGUGCCGUCGAUUAACGACAUUACGAUUAAAGAACUCGAAGAACUCGUGUUUCCGACUUUACUUCGUAUGAAUGACAAAGAUAACGUGUUUAAAAAAGCGAUCGAAUCAGGGCAGCUCGCCUGCAUCGGCUCCGGUUCCGAUUUGCCGGUGAUAGACUUGCGAGAAAUCAGCGAACCAUGCGCGAAUGAGUGCCUCGAUUGCGACUUGGCCGUUCUCAUAGGUAUGGGUCGCGGUAUCGAAACGAAUUUAAGAGCCGAAUUCAGUAUAGAUCGCAUUAAUUUAGGCAUGGUCAAGCACGAAGAAGUCGCCCAGUUGUUAAACGGUCCGCUCUACUCGUGCGUCUGCGCUUUCAACGCGGGCGCAAACACAGUGUAG